AUGAUAUAUUUUCCACUGAAAACGGUGAAUUAUGCCUGCUUCAUUCCGACAUGCAAUGCUGCAGGAAAAGGAAAUCCUUGGUUGGCUUCUUCCGACAAUGAGACAUAUGAAUCAACAACGCCUGUAUUCCUUGAAUUGCAUGCCACUGCAAUGCUCUGUCUGCCAUCUGGUGAAUGUAUGCAUCCAGAUGCUACCAUUUGCACUGCAUUAAUGAGUGCCCUUUACUGUUCAGUGAGUGAGGAAGUUGUAUUACGCCACCAAUUAAUGGUUAAUGUUGCCAUUUCACCUAGGGACAAUUAUUGCAUUGAGGUUGUUCUUCGCUGUUUGGCUGUAGAGGGUGAUGGACUUGGAUCACACCAAACUAAUGGUGGUGGUGUUCUUGGUGCCGUCAUGGCUGCUGGCUUCAAAGGCGAGCUUGUUCGGUUCCAAGCCGGGGUUACAAUGGAGAUAUCCAGAUUAGAUGCCUGGUAUACAAAUGCAGAUGGUACUUUGGAAGGCCCAGCAACAUAUAUUGUGCAGGGCCUUUGUCGUAGGUGCUGUCUUCCAGAAGUCAUUCUUCGAUGUAUGCAGGUUUCUGUUUCACUAAUGGAGUCAGGUAAUCCACCAGAAAACCAUGAUGAGUUGAUGGAACUCAUUACUUGCCCGGAAACUGGGUUUCUUCAUUUGUUUAGUCAGCAGCAAUUGCAGGCACAGCGUUUGCAUUUUAGUCUGGGAAACAGUGUAGGAAGGUUGGGUGUCUGUAUCAAAUUAGCUUCAGCUAACCUUGUUCAAUUGCUGUUUGGCACUCAGGAGUUCCUAUUAUUUGAGAGGGAAUAUGCAAUAUGCAAUAUGGAGCUUCAGGAGGAAAUUACUUCUUGA